UCACGUGUUUGGGUUUUUCUCGCGUCCAUGCCGGUCGAGGUUGAAUUGAAGCAGAAACACGCAGAGAUCGUGCGGAGCCGGGCGGAGCUGCUGCAGCAGAUGGAGGCUCGCAGGGAUCAGCUCAGCGUCCGGAGGAGGCAGCAGGUGCAGCAGCGGGAGGAUGCUCGCAGCAGGAACGCCGCGCUGCUGCAGGAUUUACAGACAAUAGAGGAUCGCCUCAGAGGAAGACAACUUUCACAUCCAAAUGUGCUGGCUAUGGAGACCAGGUACUGGGUAUCGGUGGAGAAGUCCCUCCCAUCGUGGGAGUCUUUCCUGCUGGGUCGGGGUCCGCCCCCCUGGGACGUUCCUGGACCCCCCCCUGGGAGAGCCGGCCCAAAGCGCAGCACCGCUCGGGGUCAGGGCCGGCCCCCUCCACCCAAGCCUCCAGCAGACCUCUGAAUGCUGACGGGGCCGCCGGGACCUGAAAGAAAAACCAGUCAACAGACUUUAUUUACUUUAUUUAUGUUGUUUCUGAAACUUGUACAAAUGUAUAUGUUGAUAUUGAUGAUGAUGGGCACCAACCUCCCUCUGUGUCGGACUCUGAGAUGAACAUCCUCCAUGGUGGUGAUGGGUUUCUGUCGGCCCGUCUCCAGGAGAGAUGACUACAGAAGAGCCCAAGGAAGCUCCUUCCACCUGGUCCUUGUGUGGACCUCUGGUUGUGUUUUCAUGAUCAGCCACCAGCACCAGUUCGAUGGAACGGUGCCCAUUUUAAUAAGAAAAUACAAAAUAUUGAUAAGACAAGAACCAAAUCCACACUGCUAAUCUGCCUUCUUGAGUCGUGUGAAAGCAAAAUGGUGUAAAUGGGAGUGUAAAUCACAAGUUUCAAUCUGACGUGAUAUUAAUGGAUCAUUUGAUGUUCGUUGGUAUCAGAAAGCCUGCUGCGAUUGGGUAUUGAUCUAAUUCCAUUCAGGGUCUGAAGAUCAAUGGGAGACAGUAUUAGUUGUUGAUCUUUCUAAAUUCUGCGAGACACUUAAAUGAUAACCCAUCCGCUUGUUUAAUGAAAAGAGACCACAAAAGGCCACUUGAUGAAAUGAUUUGUUGAGGAUUACAUGUAUCGAUGUCUGAUCGAUGCUAUUGGAUUAUUCAUCGUUAAAAAUGCAAGUAUUGAUGAAGAUCACCGGAUCAUUCCAACUCUCGUAUUGUAGUUGUGGAGUCUGCAAACCUGACAUGUGACGAUACCGUCUGGGUCCUGCUCGCCACCAGCUGCUAAAAGUAACACCAUGGUAAUAUUAGUAGUUCACUUCAGUUAAAAACUUAAGCUUUUAUCAGGCAAAAGUACAAGAUUCCUUAUUUUCUUGUGUUUGUAACUUGCAGUUUCCUGAGAUUUGCAGGGGGGUGUUUGCAAGAAGUUGGUGUUCAGCCGUAGGAGCAGAAGAGAUGACUCACAUAAUCAUUUUAUCCUAUUAAACAGAAAAUAAC